CUUUGCAAUACUAUUCCGUUUUCUGGGGGAGGAAGGAGCUGCUCUGUCUGUGUUUCUUUGGAAUCUUUGUUGCGAGGCUAGCCAAGAGACGCAAGCCAAGGGACACAAGCCAAAGGACGCACACCUAUAGACGCGAGCAGGUCUUCAAGAUGGCUCAUUUACUACUAGGGCUUCUCCUGAAGGCGGCGAGCGACGGGGACCUCGAGGGAGUGAAGGUCUGCCUGGACGAAGGAGCCGACGUAGAGGCGGCUAGCUCAGCGAUGGGCGAGGAGAAAGGGCUCCGUCCGCUCCACCUGGCGGCGUGGGCGGGGCACGCGGGCGUCGUCCGUGAGCUUCUUCGCCGUGGCGCCGAUUUCAAAGCAAGGGGCCGAGACGGGUACUCAGCCACCCACUAUGCUGCCAAAGGAGGCUUCGUCGAGGUGUUGAAGAUCCUUCACGAGAAUAAGUGCAACAUGAAAGCCAAAACAGACAAUGGGCAGACGCUCCUUCACGUGGCAGCUGACAACGGUAACCUAAAGGCCUUCGAGUGGAUAGUAGAAAAUACAAAUAUUGACCUCGACGCCAAGACCCGUGAUAAGAGCACUGCUUUGGAAUUGGCCCAGAAAGCGAGGCAGAAGAGCAUAGUCACUUACCUGCUGAAGACUCCAGCUCAGGAGGGAAUCAAAAAAGGAGAUUUGAGGAAAGUCAGAGAAGUGAUCGCCGGAGGCUUCGACGCGAACGCCGUGUUUCAGGAAGAGAAAAACAGAGAGUGCCGGCCCCUUCACCUCGCAGCUGAUGGAGGACAUGCGGAAAUUGUGAAAAUUCUCCUUCAGUCGGGAGCUGAUAAAGAGGCAAAGAAUUACGAAGGUUGGUUAAACGUUACGUGUUCUGGAGAUUUGCAGAGUAGUUACAUUGUAAUCUUUACGCGAAUGGUGUUGUAUAGAGAGAGGGAGAUAGAUUGA